UUGACACCGCGUCCACGUUCCGAAGAACGGAGCGGAGAGAAUGUGGCAUUCAGGGAGCAGAGGGAAAACCGGGAGGAGCGUCAACUCGCGAUGCGUCGCACGAAAAAGUACUAAAAAAAACUCUAAAAGUACACAAAUCUGUACUUUAAUUAAACUUUAAUCCAACACGUUUUGAAGUAUCAACAUUCCUGGAAUAUAAAAACUCGAUUUUCUUUUUUCUGGAAUAUCAACACAAGGAAUAAAUAAAACUGCUCUGGAGAGUUUUUUCUUUCUUUUUUUUCUUCAUAAAACUGGUCCGUGAAAAUCUCGGGACGCGGAGAGUUUCUGCGGUGCUUUCACUCCCCAAACCGCGACCCAGUCCUGAACCACUCUGAGUCUGGUUCUGCUUCCUGGCGGUCCGCCUGGGGGGGGUGGGGGGGGGUCCUACCUGAGGCAGGUCUCCAUGUCCACAACGCUCAGCAUGGGGCUUUGAAGUGGACCUAAAGAAGCCCGGUUCAGAUCCGAGGAGCAGAAGUAGGAGCAUGGGAAAGGAGCAGGACCUGCUGCAGGCGGUGAAGACCGGAGACCUGCUGUCCACCCAGAAGCUGCUCUCCAAGCUCAAAGCCAACCGGAACAAGCUGCUGGGCUCCACCAAGAGGCUGAAUGUGAACUACCAGGACUCAGACGGGUUUUCGGCGCUGCACCAUGCGGCCCUCACAGGAACCACAGAGCUGCUGUCUGCUCUGCUGGAGGCUCAGGCCUCCGUGGACGUCAAGGACAGCAACGGGAUGCGUCCGCUGCACUACGCCGCCUGGCAGGGGAAAGCCGAGUCGGUCCUGAUGCUGCUCCGCUCCGGAUCCUCAGUGAACGGGGUCUCUCUGGACGGACACAUCCCCCUGCACCUGGCAGCCCAGUACGGGCACUACCAAGUGUCUGAGAUGCUGCUGCAGCAUCAGUCCAACCCCUGUCUGGUCAACAAGGCCAAGAAGACUCCUCUGGACCUGGCCUGUGAGUUUGGGAGAGUCCAGGUGUCCCAGCUGCUGCUCAGCAGCAACAUGGUGGUCUCCCUGCUGGAGGGGGAGAGGAAGGAGCAGACGGACUCGGCCUUCACGACUCCACUUCACCUCGCGGCCCGAAACGGACACAAAGACAUCAUCCGUCUGCUGCUGGCUGCUGGCAUCGACAUCAACAAGACCACCAAGUCUGGAACGGCUCUUCAUGAAGCGUCUCUGUACGGGAAGACGGAGGUGGUCCGCCUGCUGCUGGACGCUGGCGUGGACGUGAACACCAGGAACACCUACAACCAGACGGCGCUGGACAUCGUCAACCAGUUCACCACGUCGCACGCCAGCAGGGACAUCAAGCAGCUGCUGCGAGAUGCGACGGGGGUUCUGCAGGUCAGAGCUCUAAAGGACUACUGGAACCUCCACGACCCCACAGCCCUGAACAUCCGGGCCGGAGACGUCAUCAUGCAGGCGGCAGCGCCCCCUAGUGACCCGUCUCGCCCCCUGCAGGUGUUGGAGCAGCACGUGGACGGACGUUGGAAGGGACACAUCCACGACGCCCAGAGAGGGACGGACCGGGUGGGCUUCUUCCCCCCGUCCAUCGUGGAGGUCAUCAGCCGACGGACCGGGGGCACCCUCUCCCGGCACGCCUCCCUGCCCACCCAGCGCCUGCAGCAGCCGUCCAGAGCCCCCCUCUCCUCCAGCCUCAGCUCCGCCCCUCAGACCGAUGACUCCUACACCUUGUACGCCCCCCCCACCCACGUGGUGCUGCCGCUAGCCCACGGCCUCACCACCACAGCCGGAGACAGGAACAGCGUCGGCAGCACCGGCAGCGUCGGCAGCACCCGGAGUGCCGGCAGCGGGCAGAGCACCGAGAGCAGCACGGCCAACGGCCUCCAGGACAGGCCGGCGCCCUCUGCUGGUGAUUCUGGACUCUCAGACUGCAGCCAACAGCCUGAUCGUCCUGCAGGUGGAACUCCUCGGAGGCACACGGUGACGGUGCAGCGCCCUGAAGAGCAGAGCUUCUCCCAGCAGUUUGUUCGUCCUCAGCAGCUGCUGGAGGGGAAGGAUGCAGAGGCCAUCUAUCAGUGGCUCACUGACUUCCAGCUGGAGCAGUACAUCGGGAACUUCAUCAGUGCCGGUUACGACGUUCCGACCAUCAGCAGGAUGACUCCCGAGGACCUGACCGCCAUCGGAGUGACCAAACCAGGCCACCGCAAGAAGAUCUCCAUCGAGAUCAACAACCUGAACAUCCCCGAGUGGCUGCCCGAGUACAUCCCAUCGGAUCUGGGAGAGUGGCUCAGCGCCAUCGGCCUCCCGCAGUACCACAAGAAGCUCUCCGAGAACGGCUACGACUCCAUAAGCAUCGUCAGAGACCUCACGUGGGAGGAUCUGCAGGAGAUCGGCAUCAUGCAGCUGGGCCACCAGAAGAAGUUGAUGCUAGCGGUGAAGAAGCUGUGUGACAUCCAGAGGGCGAUCCUUCAGGCCGAAUCAGGACAAGGCACGCUGCGCUGCAAAGCCCCCGGAGCCCUCCACCUGGUCACCAUCGAGCCGCCGGACUCGGCAGGUGAAUGCUCCUCCCCUCACACCCCAAAGAUGAUGACCUUCCAGGACAGCGAGCUGAGCGCCGAGCUGCAGACGGCCAUGUGCAGCCACUACGGAGGCUGCGAGGAAGGCUUGGACAUCAAGAACGCCGUGGGAAUGUCCCAGAGCCAGGAGAGCAUCGACGCCCGGUCCAGAGGCUCCGGGCGCUCCCAGGAGCCUCCAACGGCUUCCGUCAGCCCCCAUAGUUGGUCCCAGGAGAGCCUGGAGGACAGCCCCGCCAAGGAGAGGAACCUCCCCGAGGGCUGGGACCAGAGACCUCUGCAGCAGCAGCUGCAGGCCAAGCAGGUGCCUCUGGGCACGGCAACCGUGUUUAAGUACCCGGCGAUCCCAGCCAAGCCCAAACUGUGUGGCUCUCGGGGUCCCUCCCCUCACGGUUCCCCAGCGCUGAAGGGUUUCAGCUACCUGCAUUCUCACUGUGGCUCCACGGACCUGAGCUCAUCUCCCAGGCCCAAGAACCACAGCAUGACCCUGAUGCCGCCCAAGAAGCGUGCCCAGGGCACGACCCGCUACGCUCUGUCGGACGGAGAGCCCGACGAGGACGACGAAGAGCCGGCGUACCGUCACGGAAACCUCUCGUCUUACGCUACCUUGACCCGCAAACCCGGCCGCAGCCAGCUGGCUCGAUUACAGUUGAGUCCAGAGAAGAACGGCAACGUGGGACGCAGUCAAUCCUUUGCGGUGCGUGCCCGGAAAAAGGGUCCCCCACCUCCUCCGCCGAAGAGACUGAGCUCAGUGAGCAGCACCACCAGCGGGGAUCUGAGCGACAGCAGCACCUCAUCGUCUUCGGGCGGGGUGAUAACAGACAGUCCGGUGAGCGUGAGGAGCAUCGCAGCAUCUCUGGAAGGAAAGACAGAGGGGAAGAACCCCCCAGGACCUAAACCAGUCCUCCCCCAGCCUUCCCCCUCCCCCAACCCUGCAGGGCAGGAGCUCAUAAGUGCUGCCGGGUUGAGGAGGAGGGUGCAGAGCGAAUGUAUUCCCACCCAGACCAGCAGCACCGAGCCAGAACGAGGCGUGAAGUCUGACUCCGAGGAAGAAGAAUCAAGAGGUCGCGGACUGGAGGGCUCCUCAUCCCCUCAGAACAGCUCCAGUGAGUGCAUCCCCUUCGCCGAGGAGGGCAACCUGACUAUCAAACAGAGGCCCAAAGCUCCGGGGCCCCCCAGGGCUGAGGCGGUGCUGGAGCCCCCGGAGAAACAAGCCGCCAAGAGCCUGGAGGUACCCGAGUUUAAUCUGAAGGAGUCGGACACAGUGAAGCGCCGUUACAAACCCAGAGACAAGGAGCAGGGAGGAGGCUCCCUCUGCAGAGAGGGAGCAGGGGAAGCCGGGUCCGAGUCCAGUAGCAGGCCUCCGUCCCUGAGCCAGGAGGAGUUCAGUCUGAGGGUCAGUGAGCUCGGUCUGGAGAGGACGUCCAGUCUGGCAACGGGAUCCCUCAUCAAGCCUCCACUCUCCCCAAAACCGUCCAUCGCCCCUAAACCUGUCCGUCACAGCCUGCUGACGGCACACGCAGCUGGCCUCUCCUCUCCAUCGGUGACCAUCAGUGUGGUUCAAAGUGUGGCAUUCACCUCUCCAUGCUCCCCGGUCUACGGGCCCCGGGCUCCGUCCCCUCAGGCCCCUCAGAGUCCCUCUCUGACAGCAGCGAGGCCUCAGGUGUGCGUGGUGGGUCCGGGCAGCGUUCCAGAGUCUUCCUGUGGGACUGAGGUGGUUCAGCAGAGACUGGAUCAGACCAGCUCGUCUCUUGAAGAGGCUCUGAAGGCCGUUGAGAGAAAGCUGGAGGACAACUCAGACAGGGGAUCAAACACAGUAAAGUCCGCCGGGACGAUUCUGGACGACAUCGGCAACAUGUUUGACGACCUCGCCGACCAGCUGGACGCCAUGUUGGAGUGAACCCCCCACAGCCCCCCCCCCUCCAAACAUUCAUCCUCAAACUUAGGAAACAGAGAAGAGGAAGAGGAGGGUGAAGGUGUUCACGUGACGAACCCACAUCUCUGAGGAAGAUUAUGAAGACUAAUAUUGUUCCAUGAAGUUUUCUCUUGAUGCGAUAGAGAGCCGAGUUACUCAAGAGCUGAAGUACAUAUCUGAGUAUUUCUCCUACUUUAUACGUAAAGCUAAAUAUUGUACUUUUUACUGUUAACUUUACAGAUUCAGAUUAUUAAUCCACUAAUAAAUGAUGUGUUAUUGCAGAUUAUAUAAACAUUAAAAUGAGCUCCACCUUUAAAGUGAUCAAUAAUUAUUAACAGAUAUUAUUCUGCAUGAGUACUUUUACUUUUUAUACUUGCAGUAUAUUUUGAUGCCGAUACUUUUGUGCUUUUUAUUGAAGUUACUUCACAACAAACAAAAUGAAAUGUACAAAAGAUUUUAAAAAGCAUUAACGUUUGCUCUGAUGGGAACCUGGGCUCUCUAUCGACCUUUGACCUUUGUGAUACUGACAUGUCUCCUGUGGUCGUUGUGAAGCAUGUGACACAUCAGCGGUGUACAAACUAUUUUUCUGAUACUCAUUUUAGCCAAAUUAGUAUUUAAAUUAGAGUGAUCUAAAUAUGUAUAUUGUACACGAGAGGUAUGUAUACACAGGACAUGUUCAACCAAAGUCUUUGUACAGAUUGAAACCGCAAAUAUUUUCACAAAUCCUUUAAAAAACAAAGAAAUCCUGAUUGAGAUGUUUAUGAAAUGUUAUUUUCUCUUCAUGUUGGCAUGCUCCGUUACAUUAGGGGAGGUGUGAGUGUGAGAGUGUGUGUGUGAGUGUGUGUGUGUGAGUGUGUGUGAGAGUGUGAGUGUGAGUGUGUGAGUGUAUGUGUGUGUGUGAGAGUGUGUG